ACGGUGGACACUCCUGAGAGACGCACUGCGAGCGUAACUACGACAGAUUGACAGCGUAUUUUUCUUGUCAGCGACGGCACAGAGCAGUCUGUCUCAUUAAACAUUAAUAUGUCCAUAUUUACGCCAACAAACCAAAUACGCCUGACAAAUGUGGCGGUGGUGCGGAUGAAAAAAGGAGGGAAGCGGUUUGAAAUCGCCUGCUACAAGAACAAAGUUAUGAGCUGGAGAUCAGGAGCAGAGAAGGACCUGGAUGAGGUUUUGCAGACAGACUCGGUUUUCGUUAAUGUGUCCAAAGGUCAGGUGGCUAAGAAGGAUGACUUGACCAAAGCUUUUGGGACGGAUGAUCAGACAGAAAUCUGUAAACAGAUCCUGGCCAAAGGAGAGCUCCAGGUGUCAGACAAGGAAAGACAGACCCAGCUGGAGACCAUGUUCAGGGAUAUUGCGACUAUAGUGGCAGAGAAGUGCGUCAAUCCUGAGACCAAGAGGCCGUACACAGUCAGUCUCAUUGAGCGGGCGAUGAAGGACAUCCACUACUCUGUCAAGGCUAACAAGAGCACAAAACAGCAGGCCCUGGACGUGAUCCGGCAGCUGAAGGAGACCAUGGAGAUCCAGAGAGCCCACAUGAGGCUGAGAUUGGUGCUGCCAGCCAAGGAGGCCAAGAGGCUGAAGGAGAAGCUGAAGCCGCUGCUGCAGGUUGUGGAGAGCGAAGACUUCGACGAGGAGCUGGAAAUGGUGUGUUUGGUGGAUCCCGGCUGCUUCAGGGAGAUCGAUGAGCUGAUCCGCUGCGAGACUAAAGGCCGAGGCUCUCUGGAGGUUCUCAGUCUGAAGGACGUGGAGGAGGGAGAUGAGAAGUUAUAGUAAAGCAGCCAGUCAGGACUGUGCGCCUGAUCCACGUUAAGCCGCUUCACUGCGACACACUAACUCGCUUCAGAGACUCUUCUUAUGAAGAAAUUUAUAAUAACUUCAGCAAUCCCUGUUUCCCAGCUUCUCUGUGUUUAAAGACUUUCUUUGACUUUUAUUAAUUAGCAGAUCUGCUGGGUGGAACGAGUCCCGGAAGUGCAGUGGACCGUACCUGGACCAAGUCGUUUCUGCCUUCCGUCAGACUUUGUGUGCCAUGUAGUCAUCCUGAGCAUCACAAUUUUAUGGAUAAUUUCUUCAGCCUAAUAAUAUAUAUUUUGUCAUAAUGACUGAGGUUGCUCUGUAGCAAUAAAUAUUUAACAAAAUGUUUUAAACCCAGUGAUUGUGCUCGUGUACAAACUCCAAGCUGAUUAAGUGCAGAAGAACACAAAGAAUCUCGGCUUCCUGACUUUAAAGAAAACGCAGCAUGAGGACAAAGUGAGCUUCGCUGUGUCACCAUAACUGCUUUUUGUUUUUGGGAUGAUGUUGUCCCAGAAGUGAUUGUGAUUAGUUAUCUUACUGUCAUUUUAAACACUAUUUUAUGCCACUGAUAUAAUAAAUAUACACCCAUUCAAAUUCA